AAAGCCGCGUCCUCGUCCUUCAGCUUACCAGUCGCUUGAGAACUCGCCGUCAUCGAAGCUGGCUGCUUGACCAAAAAGCCAUAAGGAAGAGCAGCCAGCAAGAUCCAGAUCUACCAUUCCACUUAUCUCGCUGCCAUUGCCUGAUUAUUUGAACAGCUGCACAUCCCACCUUCCAAUCCUACGCCAUUUCUGCUUGACUUGACCAACAUGGCUGAUCAGUCUUCACAAGAAGAUCCGCUGGUGGCAGCUUUACCCCCUGCUACAGACUACAUGACCUACUUGACCUUACUGGAAUAUCAGCUAACCCCGCAAAAUCUACCCACCCUAAGCAGGCUUCUCUCCGAAGAUGACGGUAAAUUGGUAGAAGAAAUCGGCUGGGAUCUGCUCAGGCUCGUCCUUCCGAUGUUGAGUCAUGCUCCUGACGAGGCCAACCAAUGUCUGGAAUUCAUAGCUCGCAAAGGCAAUCCUCGGGAAGUGGUUGUCCGCGUAGCUGAGGAGCUUGAAAAGCUAGGUGACCGAGUCGAAGACGAAGACUUUGACCAAGAAGCUGAUGAUGACGAAAUGCGAACCUUUGCUGGCGAAGCACCGCACGUCCAUCUGGGUGCUAUGAAGCUCGACGGCAUGCCGCAGGCUAAACAGUCUGUCGAAACAGGCCCCGCCGACAGCGAUGUGGACCAGAAGCCACCUUCUUCACUCAAAGAAUUAAAGCUUCGAGCUUUGUUCAACAUGCUUGGUGCUCUUCAUCCCAGGAUCAAGACACAAUAUCCCAGCCGAUUCCUUGCUACCUCUCUUCCAGCGGCUUUAGGUGCAUACAGACAGAUACCAAUCUCUGCGGCGACGACUACCGCUUUUCUGACGAUGCUAGAGACCUUGUCUGGGAAGACACGGCCUCCACUUCCGCCGCGUGCGGGUAGUGCAGCUGUCACCACCAGAACUUCUGGUGGUCAGACGCAAGGCGUGACACCCGCACCCGCGCCGUUGCCUGAUCCGGAAGCCAAAGCAGAAGAGGAAGAAACGGGUGGCAAAGUGCCAUCUGGAGAAGAAAAAGCCAUCAUAUUCCGCCUCCUGAACGCGGUCAUGCUCGAAGUAUUGGACGAAUAUCUAUCCUCGCUCACAUCCAGCGAACAUCCAUCCAUGUCAUGGACUGCUCGGCUCAGGGAAACCUUCGAACCACAACGAGUACUAUCCGGCAGAUCCACCGAGACCCAGCUAUGGCAAGAGACAGAAGACCUCAAACAGCGAGACGCACUGCUCGCCAGAUUCCACAAACUUGCUAUGGAGAUGAACAUCAAUGCCAGCCAGGAAAUCCAAAAACUCGUCGCAGACGAAGACAACGUCGAAAAUCCAGACGAGCCUGAGGAGGAAGCCUCGGAAUACCCGAUUUCCCCUUCUCAAAUCCCCUUCCCCAGGAACGGCGUAAUUUUCCUGCACGCCUUUACGACCUUCUCGGACCCUCUCGACGCACCCCUGGCCCUGUCCACGAGCGACUUGACCAAACUGAUUGCGCACGGAUUCCCGCUCAGCGCAACACCAACCAUACCUUCUCCAGUAGUGCAGGACUCCCUCCUGUCCCUGCUCUACCGCCACGCCAUACCACAUUCCGAACCCAAUCCAAACCCUCAUCCACCGCCCUCAGCUGCCAAAUUCCUGCUCCUCAUCAGCACGCUAACCCAGCUCUUCACCACUACGCCCUGGGCCAGCCUGCGCGACUCAUCGCACUACAUCGCAUCUAAACUCCUGCACGCCUACCCGGACGCCGAUGUCCGUCUGCAAAUCAUUACACAAACUCUGCGCGGCGACACGCUGAGCACAAACUGGGCCGAAACGUUCGAGGAAGACCCGGCCACCGAACCGGGCAUCGACGAAGAAACGGGCCUCACAAGAAGCACGUCCGCGCUCCAACCUCACCCGAUCCCUCUUGCGCCGCUACAACAACUCGGUGCCCUCAAAGCCGUAGGCGUGGACUGGCUGAAAGAUGAAUUCGCAACGUCUAUCAAGGACAAGGCAUCAGGUCUUGGUCUCGGUCUCGACCCGGCGAUCCUCCUCGCAUCGACGACCGGUUCGGACUCGCCAGCACCCCUCGUCGACCUGCUCUUCCCCGCGGAUCUGGCGACCUUGUCACUCAGCGACUCCGACUCAUCAAACGACCAGUCCCAGAACACCUUGUGGUCGUUCCUCCUCGACAUACCCUUCUUCAUCUCCGGACUCAACCUGCUGUGCGUCAUCCUCCCGCACCUGCAGUCCGCGCUUGACCUGAACAUCCGGGCCGCCAAGCAUGUCGCGGCACUGAGCGAGUCGUCCAACUUCCUGUUCGCGCUUCUGCAGCAUGGCACCUCUACCUCUACGUCCCAGGGUAAUCCGGCUGAUGACAACAACAACAACAACAAGGGGUUCCUCGAAGAAUGUCGCGCGGAUAUAUUCGCACUCGAGGACGCGUGUGCCCGCGCCACGGCUGCACUGGAACGAACUACUGAGGCCGCCUGAUCGAGCGCAAGGCGGGGCCCACCAACCCGGGAUCGCUGAUAUGGUAUGGCAAGAGUAGUGUUAUCGGAGUCGGAGGCUGAGGAUCUCUGAUGGUCUGGGGACUGGGAUGCAGUCAAGCAUUUCAAGAAUCUUUGCGUCACAAAAGUCCGGUCACAUGGUGGCUCAUUCACCGCUGGUGUGUAGAUUUGAAGGUCAUACCCCAAAUCGUCAAAUCAUCGAAUCAUGGAAAAAUGGAAUAGUGUAUCAUGCAUAGUGUGCGGAAAUGAAAAAGUUAUUGACAGAUUGACAGGUUUCGCACUUCAUCCAUCCCUUACAGAGUACAGUGGCCAGAGACGUUCAUGGAGUUGUUUAUUCAUUCCUCAUUGUAUCAAAGGGUAAAGCAUUAUCGACAGUCUGGAAUUUCAUUCAAUCUUUCUAGAUAUUUAUACCUGGCAUCACCAGAACUCCACAAGAAUGUGCAAAAAAGCAUGCCACCGACGACAUUGUCCAAGCAGUAAUAAUCAGAAAGCUCCUCGCUCGAAUGGCGCCAUCUAAAUCGGUCAAAGGAGGAGAAGAGGAGGUUUUCGGAAGGCCC